GUGUGGACCCUCGUCCUCAAUAGUGGUAAGGCUGCUGGGGGAGCUCCAGGCAGAGGCACCCUUGAUGCGCACGGCGUCAUACUGCAGAGCUGGCACCGUGGGGCCAGAGCGUACGUGCAGCAAGACUUGUCUGCUUACUUUGACAGCAUCCGGCUUUCCCAGCUCCUUACCAUUUUGGACCACAUGAGAGCACCGCCUUGUUUGGGCAAGUUGUUGGCCUCCUUCUACAGUCAGGCCCAACGCUUGUUUAAAGUGCUUCACGUGACGGGGGAGAAGUGGCAAACACCUUCGCAAGGCCUGCUACAAGGCUGUCCGCUCUCACCCUUGUGCGCCCUUUUGAUUGGCAACGUUUGGCAUUCCUACGUGACUCAGGGCCCAGCAAGGGCUCUCAUUUUCGUGGACGACCGCCUCCUAUGGGCCGAGCCUGAGGCCGAAAAUGCGGAGGCAGCGCUUGCUGACGGGGUUGCUAGGACUGUGUGCUCUAGUUUGGUGUUCGCUGGCUUUGCUUGGGCAGCGGGCAUAGCGGCCCCGACCUCGAAAGACCUCAAUGCCAUCCGCCUGUCGAUCCACCACGCUCUUCGGUCACGGAUCACCGGGGAGACUCCGUGGGUGCUUUUUGCGGAGGUUCACGGCUGGCAGUGGGACCCUAAAUGGCUCGUGCAGUGGCGCGCUUUGGGUGCCGUCUGGCGACACUUGAAAAACGCCCGCAGUGAUGGCCCACUGCAGGCUGUCCUGCCGCACGCUGCAAGUACCCUUCUUGACCUAGGCUGGCAGAUGGAACCCAACGGUGAUGCUGUCUCCAGAGUUGAUGAUGUCGGACGGACGCGUCGGUUCUGUUUUGGAUGGCAGAACAUGAGUGUCUUGCGCGACUGGCUCGUGGAAGAGCACCGCAAGCGUGGCAUUGCAAGUUGUGGGCGUGUGAAGUCUUCCUACCACCGAGGCGAGGCUGGCCUCGCUACUGGCCUAAACCUUGAAGCGCCGAGCUUGGGAGCACGCUUUGCGCUGGCGGGUCACAGGCUUCUUGGUCAUAGUCAGUCGCUGGACGUCCGUCGUGCUGCUCUGGCCACGGGAGGCUCGGGAUGGUACCACCGUCAUCGCAUCCCUACUCAGCGUUACGCGGAAGUCAAAUGCUUGUGCACUCUCUUGUGGCCCUCGCGACCCCACCUCACGUGGAACUGCCCGAGGACAGCGGAGCAUCGGCAUGGCCUCCGGGGCCCCACGAACAGAGUCGAGGAGAGGCUGUUUGGUGCCCCCGUGCCUGAGUACCCCGCUGCCCCUGAUGGCAAUCAGGUCCCAGAGAUGGUGCAGGCCAUGAGGACCCACUUUUGCCUGGCCUUGACACAAGAUACCGACAAUCUCCUCGUCGCCACUGAUGGCAGUCACCAGCACGGUGUGGGUGCCUGUGCUGUGGCGACGGAGAGUGCGCGUGGAACCUUUUCUGCGGGCGACGACGCCGAAGACCAGUCCCCUUUUCGCUUUGAGAUGGUCGCGCUUAAUGCCCUGUUGCAGGCUCUUCCGCGCGGACAGCUUUAUCACAAAUCCACCGUGACCAUCCUGGUCGAUUGUCAAAGUGCCCUGGAUUCGGUCCAGUGCCCGGACAACAGCAAGCUUAAGUGUCUGGCUGAGCAGUCGGCUUCCUUGUUGCAGGCGCUGCGUCGGGACUACAAGGCAGUGCGCUUGGUGUGGGUUCCUUCCCAUGACAAGCGUCUCGACUGGCAACCGCCUUUCGGUCUCGACGACCGCCGGUGCAGAGACCUCAACAACAAAGCAGACCGCGCAGCUAACCAAAGACGUGACUCACGAGCUCAAGCUGCCUCCCGCGUGGCGUGGCAUCGCCGUCUUGACGAGGCUGAGCGCUGGGAAGUUGCUGCCAUCUCGGCGGCAGCAGCAUCGUCUGCCCUUCUGUAUGA